AUGGUCUUCUACUUUACGCUGACGUCGGACCCGUCCGUCAUGUGCUAUAUGGGCCGUGACAAGUACGAGAACGAGGAGCUCAUCAAGUUUGGCUGGCCAGAGGACUUUUGGUUUCAUGUGGACAAGCACAGUAGCGCGCACGUCUACGUACGCCUACCACCUGGCAAGGGAAUGAACGACUUGACGCCGGAGAUUAUCGAGGAGUGCUGCCAGCUCGUCAAGGAGAACAGUAUCGAAGGGUGCAAGCUGAACGACGUCCGCAUAGUCUACACACCAUGGAGCAACCUGAAGAAGACGGGCGACAUGGCGGUCGGCCAGGUCGGCUUCCACAAGGAGGAGCUGCGGCGCUACCACACCAUCUCCAGCAAGAACCGCCAACUGCUCAAGGCGCUCGAGAAGACGCGCGUGGAGAAGAACGACGUGGACUUCCGCAAGCUGCGCGAGGAUCGAGACAUGGAGGAGCGCCGCAAGCAGCGCGCCGAGAAGGCCGCUCAGGAACAGCAGGACAAGCUAGAGCGGGAAGAGAAGAAGCGCCAGGAGGAUUUACGGAUGUACAAGGACGUGAUGGGCGAUAACAACAUGCGCCUCAACACCGGCGAAGUGCCGGAUGAGGACGACUUCAUGUAA